ACAUAGUUAAGGUACCUGAGGAAAAAAACCCAACAAGUUUAGAUAUAUGUUUUUGUAUUUGCCCUUUAUAUUUAUUCACCCAAACGUCAUAUUUUCAUGCUUAAUAAUCAUGCAUGAUUCUUCCAUCAAAUCCCAAACGUCAUAUUUUCAUGCUUAAUAAUCAUGCAUGAUUCUUCCAUCAAAUCUAUAUUAUGUAUUUGUUUUUCUAACCAUAGUCCACUACUCAUAAAUAAUUGCCUACCUUGCCCACUCUAUCUUUCACACCAAACACAACUCUAUUAAAAAUUUGGUCAAACGCAUAUAACUCCUCAAACUUGUCCCAAUUUUUCAUUUUUGACACUUUAUAUAUAGUUUAUCUUACCCUUAUUCCAUUUUAACGCUUAUUCCAUCUUAGCCAAACACAUAGACAACUCUAGUGAAAAAAUGACUUCUCUCUGUGCAAAUUAUUCCUUUGGCAAUUACAUUUCAUUACAUUCUAAAAACAAUAGUGUGCCUCCAAUCAAAAGGAAUUUUCAAUCCUCCUAUGAUAUCCGUUGCUCAAAUAUUCAACGAGGCAAAUUAUCUGACCCUAACUACGUCACGAUUUUCGAUACGACGCUUCGUGACGGAGAACAGGCCCCGGGUGCAUCCAUGACUGCUAAACAAAAAAUGAAAAUUGCAUGUCAGCUAGCUAAGCUUGGUGUUGAUGUUAUUGAGGUUGGUUUUCCAGCUGCCUCCCAUGCUGAGUUUGACCUUGUAAAGUUGGUAGCACAGAAAAUUGGUAAUAACAUAGAUGAAGAGGGAUAUGUACCGAUGAUCUGUGGUUUGGCGAGAUCUACUAAGGAAGAUAUCGAUAGAGCUUGGGAGAGUUUGAAGUAUGCAAAGACACCGAUGAUUCAUAUGUUUAUCGCGACAAGUGAUAUGCAUAUGAAGUAUAAAUUGAAUAUGAGUAGAGAAGAAGUUGUGGAGAGAGCAAGGAGCAUGGUGGCUUAUGCAACAAGUCUUGGGUUCGAGCAUGUUAGGUUUAGCUUGGAAGAUGCUACAAGAUCUGAUAAGGAGUUUGUUUACCAUAUUAUUGAAGAAGUUAUCAAAGCUGGAGCAACAUGCAUUUGUGUGGCUGAUACUGUUGGAUGCAAUUUACCAAAUGAAUUUGCACAACUAAUUGUUGACAUAAAAGCCAACACCCUAGGAAUCCAAAAUGUGGUCCUUGCAGUACAUUGUCACAAUGAUCUUGGACUUGCUACUGCCAACACAUUAGCUGGAAUUUGUGCAGGCGUAAGACAAGUAGAUGUAACCAUCAAUGGUAUUGGUGAAAGAGCUGGAAAUGCUUCUCUAGAAGAGAUAGUAAUGACCAUAAAAUAUCGUGGAGGGGAAGUACUAGGUGGUGUCUAUACUGGGAUUAAUACAAAAUAUAUAUUCACAACAAGCAACAUGGUAGAGGAGUAUAGUGGGCUUAAGUUGCAGCCAAAUAAGGCCAUUGUUGGCGCUAAUGCUUUUUCUCAUGAAAGUGGAAUUCAUCAGGAUGGAAUGUUAAAGAACAGAGGAACAUAUGAAUUUAUAUCUGCUGAAGAUGUUGGAUUUAUUCGUGCUACUAAACAUGGUAUUAAAUUAGGAAAACUCAGUGGACGUCAUGCAUUAAAAAAUAAAAUGCUUGAGCUUGGAUAUAGUUUUGAGGAAAAGCAACUUGGGGACCUCUUUUGGCGGUUCAAGUCAUUGGCUGAGGGGAAAAAGAAUAUAACAGAUGAUGAUUUAAGAGCUCUCAUAUUGGACGAAACUAUAUAGCCUCAAAUUGCUUUAAAACUUGGAGAUAUAUACAUGUAAAUGAACUUGUCACCUAUUGAUGGAAGAGCUUAUCUAAUGUUAAAGUAGCUAGCCAAGGGUUUUGUACUACAUUAAUUGAUGUAUUAAAUUUUCUUGAACACUUUUAGGUGAACUCAAUCGUUUAUGUUCUUAGUAUUGAACCCCUUGUACUUUCGAAACCAUGAGUUUAAACUUAUGUUUGUUGUAUUUUUAAUAAGACAGUAGUCUGGCACUGAGGCAGGUUAUGGGUUACUUGAGAAUAAAAUUUGAUUAGUGAGACGUAUAUAUGUUAUAAAAAUUAUGGAAGAAAGUUUGUGUCAUGCUAUGAGCCUACACAUCGGACAUGAUCGA